AUGACAAAGUUAGUGUACACCAUUUGGGCUCCGCUAUUGAAUAUUAUGGGUAUAUCCGUAUUCAAAACUUGCUUUGUUGAUGCAAUGGAAGAUGAUUACGGUGAUAAUCUACUAUCUGGACCCCCUAUAACCUCACACAUUUUUGCCCUUGGUGUGUACACAAUAACAUCUAACCUUGAGCUAUAUCCUACUUCAUUUCGAAAGCCGAUACCAAUACUAAUGGGUCUUUACGAAUUUCUAGCCACAGCAUUUUUGAUUGAAUUUUCUGUAGCAUGCAUAUGGACUCCUAUAGAUGUUCAUAUUUAUACAACGUUGACUCAAGCUAUGCUGAAGGCGCUCUUAAGUUUUGAAUUUAACGAUGCAGCUGAAUGGUUGCUACGAAACAAAUUUCCAAUGGUAAUCGCGUGCUCCGCAGUAUCCGUAGGAUUUUUCUUCACCACCUUGCAUGUUACGAGAUCGAUCGAUUUAUCGAUAUACACUGAUUAUGGUUCGGCUUUCUUUGCUUAUCACAUCAAAAGUAGAAUGAUUCAGAAAAUAGUCAAAGAAUUGCCUCAACUGGACGAUCUUUCUUGUGGAGCUUGCCAUACUCGAAAAAGAUCACGAGGCCGUAAACGCAGUCGAAAAACUGCAGUGGAUUAUUACUAGUAGGUCUAAAAUUUUAUUUGAAAGAUGUGUCUAUGAUUGUUUCACGUGGUUUUUGGCAUACACAGCUAAGUAUCUUGACCUUGACGUUAAUUAAUUGUAAAAUAUCACAGGUACUUAUCCUGAAUGCAAUUCUUCG